AGGCAGGUGUGCUUUCAAAGAUAUCACUUGAAUUCAAAUGAAUGAUUCUCUCAAACGUUUAACUGUUGAUACUAGGGGCUUUUUUUAUAUAUAUAUAUGUCAGACUCAGAGGAAGACUUGGAGUUCACAACAGAGGAGUAAAAAGGAAAUGGACAAGAAUGAAGACCAGGUCCAAACAGUCGGCAGUAAAACUCUGCUGAUCCGCCACUUGCCAGCUGAGCUCAGCCAGGAUGAGAAAGAGGACCUCUUAAAGUUUUUUGGAGCCGAGACAGUCAGGGUUUUCUCCAACAGGGGCCGUUUGAAACAUGCAGCCUUCGCAACCUUCGGGAGUGAGAAGUCAGCAGCAAGAGCUCUUAGCAGGCUCCAUCAGUUAGAGAUCCUUGAUCGUACGCUUGUAGUGGAGUUUGCAAAAGGCCAAGAUGAUGUGACAGUAUUAAAGGACCCACCGGUGUCUAACAGCGGUAAACAUGUUGGGAAGUUGCAGGAGACACUGGAGACCAAACAGCCGAAUAUUCCCCUCAUAGAGACUGGCGUUGCUCCUAGUCUUGGGUUGAAAUUUCAAUCCAAUCCCACUUUGAAAUAUUUAUACCCGCCGCCGUCUAAUGGCAUUUUGACAAAUAUAGCGCAUGCCCUCAUCAGUGUGCCAAAGUUUUAUGUUCAAGUACUGCAUCUGAUGAACAAGAUGAAUUUGCCAUGUCCCUUUGGCCCUGUCACUGCCAGACCUCCCUUGUUUGACUAUCUGCCUCCCGCGCCACCCAUCCCCAUGCCUCCUCCCUUCCCUCCCGACUGCCCCCCUUUACCAGAGGAGGAGAUGGAGCUGUCCAGUGGGGAAGAAUCUGAGUAUGAGAGCGGGGACGACGAAGACAAGGAGAGGAUUGUUCGUCUGAUGGGCCUGGUCAACCAAGCAUGCAAAAGACCCCUGAGACCAAAAACAGCUUCAAAAAGAAAGAAGCCCAAGAUCAAGGAUCUACUCUAUGCUCCCAAACCAGACUCUCAGAGUGCCCCAGUGCUGCAGCCCUCCGAUGUGUUUGAGCAGCCCCUCCCCGCCGGCCAGAAGAAAAUUGAAUUCCAUAUUUCGGGUCCAGAGGUGGCAGCCAUAGUGGAAGGUAGCGGGCCAGGUCAGCAUGAUGAUGAAGGCAGAGAAGAGCUCAACCUCAGCAGCAGUCAGGAGGAGGCUGAGGGCUUUGGGAAGCUUUACCCCAGCACCCAGCCGUCCCAACAACAAGACCAACACAGCGACGACGAGCAGGAUCUCCCCUCAGACGUCAUCUCCAGGAAGGAGCUGGAGAAAGGACGGCUGUCAAGAGACGAGAUAAAAAGGAUGUCUGUGUUUAAAAAUUAUGAACCGGGCGAGCCAACCUGCAGACUGUACGUGAAGAAUAUCGCAAAGCAAGUGGAAGAGAAAGACCUGAAGUACAUCUAUGGGAGAUACAUCAACCCUUCGUCAGAAACGGAGAGAAACAUGUUUGACAUUGUGUUAAUGAAGGAGGGGCGGAUGAAAGGGCAGGCCUUCGUAGGACUCCCCAGUGAGCAGAGUGCAGAGAAAGCCCUGCGGGAAACCAACGGCUACGUUUUCUAUGACAAACCCCUCGUCGUUCAAUUUGCCAGAUCCGCAAGACCAAAACAAGACGCUGCAGAUACCAAGAGAGGACAGAAACAACGGUAAACUUGACAGAUGCCAAGGCUUGAUAUUGUGGCCCAGCAGAACCAUUUGUAUCCUUAUUCUGGCAUAUCCUUUGAGAAGAGCAAAAGAAAAUGUGGGCAGUGUGUUUGUAGUUUUUUUGUGGCAGAACUGUAAUUUGAAACAACUCAGCCGUGUAGUGCAGAGCACCGUGCUUUGUUUCUGCAGCUUAUUGUAUCUUACAAAUCCCUUUUUUUUUUUUUUUUUUAUGGAGACUCUGUA